AUGGACCGCAUCUUCCCUGCCGAACUUCGGGCAACGUCCGACAUUCUAUGUCCGAUGCUUGUUUCAAUCUAUAAGGCUUGUCUCAGACUUAGCUUCAUACCCAAGGGAUGGACACUGGCGAAGNGCAUCUUCCCUGCCGAACUUCGGGCAACGUCUGACAUUCUAUGUCCGAUGCUUGUUUCAAUCUAUAAGGCUUGUCUCAGACUUAGCUUCAUACCCAAGGGAUGGACACUGGCGAAGGUUGUGUUCAUUCCCAAGGGCGGCAGACCAUCUCACGUGAAGCCAAGCGACUUUCGACCGAUUAGCCUUACAUCUUUCUUCUUGGAGGUUCUGGAAAGACUACUGGACGUGAAGAUCCGACAAGAAAUUGAUUUAAGUAUAUUAUCUAGCUGUCAGCAUGCCUAUUGGAAAGGCAGGUCUGUAGACACAGCUUUGCAUGGUAUUGUCAGCAAAAUUGAAAAGGCAUUAGCGCUUAAGGAAUAUGCAUUAGGCGUAUACCUUGACAUCGAGGGUGCCUUCAAUAGUGUUCUCCCAGAAGCUGUUCUCCGCGCCCUAACUGACCUCGGUCUGGAGUACUCUCUGGUAGAAUUUGUUCAUCGCCUUCUAGGCUGCAGAACUAUAUACUCGGAGAUGGGAGAGGUAUCGGUAACAAG